UUUUUCACCCAAAUUGUCACUUAGCAUGGUUUUGCACUCACCCCUUCAAUUAUCCCCUGUUUUCCUGAUAAUGUUGGUACUACAUGUAUGAGAAGAAAUUUGAUUUUGAUCACUCCUGGGCUUUAAAGGUUUGUUAAGAUUAGCAAUCCACUACUGUAACUUUCAAUGUGCCUCUCCCACCUCUCAAGGAGUUAUAAAUCACUACUGAAAAACCAUGAAGUAAAAAUGUGUGCUUUAGAUCCUAAUGGCCCCUAUGAGUGGUGCUUAUCUCCUGCUAGGUCUUUUAGCUUAAUCGGGCUAUUCUUUUAGCAUGAAGUGGCUAUGAGUAUUGCUUCCACACCCCUCCUCUCCUGAAUGAACGCUAGUCUAUCACAUGGCUAUAAAUUGCAGUGUUUAAUUUCACUAACACCCAAACACCAGGGAGGAGAGAGAUUAAUAUAUUAUCAUUUCAUUAGUCUACAUACUUCUAUAAUAUUCUUAUAGAAUAAAGACACGCCUCUUCACUUGGCUGUUACUAGUAAAUGUCCACAGUGUGUUGCACUGUUGUUAAAUGCCGGUGCAGUUUCUACAAUGGAUGUGCAAAAUAAGCAAGGCCAAAAUGUGACUGAUUAUGCAAAAGAACAUGGUAACAAAAAAAUCCUCUCACUUCUGGAAAAUCCUCAAAGAGCCAAAGAGUUGUUCCAGGCGAAGCCCAAGUCAGCUAAUUCAAUGUCAGUGCUUGGAAGAGGUGGCUCUGUGGAGUCAGAUAGUUACAGUUGCUUCGAACUAACAGAACGUAAUUUACCGAACGGAUUACGAACAGAUGCCACAGUUGUGUUGGUGACAAACCAAGUUAACGUCAGUCAGCAAAUCAACGCAAACAUCAGUGGUGGGAAUAACGCAUUAGGACCUGGUGCUCGAGUGGUUAAUGCACAGGAAGCAACUGCUGUUGAACCUCGAAGGUCUGUGCCAUCUGGUGACAGUCAUUAUAAUCUGACCGUGAAUGGUGGUAACGCCGCUGUGGGUGACAAUUCCAAGAUUAAUUUGGCCCCAGGAACACCCGGAACUCCAAGUACUACUGGAAGCAGCGAUGUUCCAUUUUUUCCUGAACCCCAGGAGAAUAGAUAUGCCAGCUCGGGAUUUCCCACGGAAAAUCCAAGUUCCUUGGGAGCUACUGAAUCAGCGACCCGUCCAAUUGAAGAGGAAUCUCCAGGAGAUAAAUUAGAUGAGUCAUCGUGCCUUCCUGUUGGAGAGGAAUCCCCCGGGUAUAAGUUAAAUGAGUCAUCGCGCCAUCCAAUUCAAGAGGAACACCCCAGAGAUCCCUCGGACGUAUCAACAUUGUCCCGUCCGGUUGAAGAGGAGUGUCCCACGGAUAAAUCGCAUGUACCAUCAACUAGUCCAGUUCAAGAAGAAUCUCCUAUGGGUAAAUCGAAUGAGUUACUGCCCUAUUCAGUUCCCGAAGAAAACUCUGCGCGAAAACCGGAUGGAGCGUUUAAUAGUUCUCACACUGAGGCGCUGUGUACCUCUCUACACUCUAUUGGCAACCAAACCAGAACUGAAGAUGAUAAGAAUGGUAAGAAUGGUAAUAGAGAUGUCGCGCUACCUCGAGUUCGCCUGGAAAAGAGCUCAGGAACUUCUUUCCUGGUCAGGACUCCAGAGGAGCCGAAGUCAGCUGUGGAACCAAGUAUCAAUGUUCCCAAAAGCAUGGCUUCUCCUAAUGCUGCCGAUGCUGGUCCACAUAAUAGACCUCUGGGUAGUGCCAGAUGUUCAUCUUCGUGUGCUCCCCCUCCUUCUUGCGGUAAGGAGUCGCCUCAUAGAAAGGCACAACAUUCGAGGGAAGAUAUGAUUCCGGAGGUUACCCUCCCUGCCGGCGCAGUUGCAAAUGCAAACGAAUCCAUAAGAACUGCUCGUNUAAUAGACCUCUGGGUAGUGCCAGAUGUUCAUCUUCGUGUGCUCCCUCUCCUUCUUGCGGCAAGGAGUCGCCUCAUAUAA